AUGUUUCGCCGGACGUACACGGCCGUGGGGCCCAGCUACUCCACCUCUGUCCUGAACUGCCUGAAGCUCCUCGACCUGUGGUGCUUUGACGUCUUCGCGCUGAACCGGGUGACAGACGAUCACUCCCUGAGGACCAUCGUCUUCGAGCUCUUCACCCGACACAACCUCAACAGCCGCUUCAAGAUCCCCGCCACCUUCCUGACGACGCUGCUGGACGCGCUGGAGGGCGGGCGGCACUACCUGACGGAGAUCGAGGUCCUGGCCAUCAUCUUCGCUGCCGCCAUCCACGACUACGAGCACACGGGCACCACCAACAGCUUCCACAUCCAGACCAAGUCGGACUGCGCCAUCCUCUACAACGACCGCUCGGUGCUGGAGAACCACCACAUCAGCGCCGUCUUCCGCAUGAUGCAGGAUGACGAGAUGAACAUCUUCGUCAACCUCACCAAGGACGAGUUUGCGGAGCUGAGGGCUCUGGUGAUCGAGAUGGUCCUGGCCACCGACAUGUCCUGCCACUUCCAGCAGGUGAAGUCCAUGAAGACAUCCCUGCAGCAGCUGGAGCGGAUCGAUAAGUCCAAGGUGCUGUCGCUGCUGCUGCACGCGGCCGACAUCAGCCACCCCACCAAGCAGUGGUCGGUCCACAGCCGCUGGACCAAAGCCCUGAUGGAGGAGUUCUUCAGGCAGGGGGACAAGGAGGCUGAGCUGGGGCUGCCCUUCUCGCCCCUCUGCGACCGUACCUCCACGCUGGUGGCCCAAUCCCAGAUCGGCUUCAUCGACUUCAUCGUGGAGCCCACCUUCUCGGUGCUGACCGAUGUGGCUGAGAAGAUGGUGCUGCCCCUCGCUGAGGACGGCACCAAAGCCAAGGGCAACCCAGUGGCCAGCCAGCAAGCCAGCUCGCAGUGGCGGCAGCCGUCCCUGGAUGACCACCUGGAGCUGGGGGACAUCAAAGCCGACCUGGCCGGCUUCCGCUCCACCCGAAAAAAAAAUUUCAAAUCCUGUUUUAUCAAGUGCAGAAUCUAA